CUUCCCUACCUACAGACGGCUAUCUUCUCUAAUUGGGUGUGCAAAAAGGUGUUUUCACUGUAUCACUAUGGGUACGGGAGAGUCACAUCAUGAAUCACCUGAGCAAAUCAUGGCAGAGUUCUUUCAUAUGCUCCCCAAUAACUACAUGGAUGUGGGAAUCGACGAGUCUCUGCUGAUGUUCUCCGGGACGGACUCAACAGACCAACUGGUGGGAUACUCAUCCGACCUGCAGUCACAGCUCGCGGACGACCUCCCGGCAUUCAUUGGAAAGGUGGGCGAAAUGGUGGGAGGCUUCACCCCUGUGCCUAACGCAGUGGGCCUGGGUGCAUUCGUCCUCUCCAUGAUCCUGCAGAUAGCCUUCGGCUCCAUAAAGGGCUCGGGGGGCAACACGAAACCGAGCCCAGCGGACAUGCUACGGCGAGUCUUUGCCGAAGAGAAAGCCUCAGAGGUGCGGGACCUGAUGGACGAAUACCUGAAACGCUACAAGAUGUACCUGUACGAUGAGCAGAGGCUGCUGCAAGAAACGGAGCGGCUGGAGAAACAACUGAGCCUACAGGUCACCGUACUGCAGAACUCCAUCCAGGUGGACAAGCAGAUAAGUUCUCGUGCUGUCAAGUACUGGGUGAACGGUGCUGUCUUCCAUGUGCAGAUGCUCAUUCAUAUCGCCCGACUCAGGAAGAGGACUGGGACAGGAACUCAGAGCCUUGAGAACGCCAAAAUAGCGGCGGGUAACGCUGCUGACACUUACCACAGGCACAUGGCAGAAAUAUACGAGCAAUACAAGAAGUACAAGUUGGAUUCAUUGAGCAUGAAAUAUUACUCCCCCCCUUUCUGUCCCCCGACUGGUUGUAAGCCAUCUUGUGCUAUCAAGGAGACAGACAUACAUUUUUCAGAUGAUUUUAGUGCCAAGAAGUACUGUUCUUUGUCAAAAGACUCUUACGUGAAUUACAUUUUCUCACAUAGCAAAAAAAAUAGUGACAUGCUGGUAUACUUUGGUAAUCUUCGUCACAAUAUCGACAUUCUCGUCAACAAAAAUGGAGACUUCCAAAUUGAGAAACAACAGCGAUCAGCGAUGGCAAACCGCUCCUCGUGCCAAUGCCUGACUCCUGCGAUGUGUUUUUGGUGUCACACUCACAUGACCCAAAAGACUGCGGGCGGGGACACAAACAAACACACAGACACACAGAUGGAAAGGGUCAUUGAAAUACCUAACCCAACCCCCUCCGGGGGGCCUGGAAAAUAAUUUUGAAUUAAAUCACAUGACCGACUAUGUACAGUUCAUUUGACUGAAUACAGUAUGAAUACACGAAUACAGACUGAAUAAAACUUUGGUGGAAUCAUCCAUAAUCCCCUAAUCCCUUCUGAAUGGGUUAGAAAUGAAUAAAGUCAACCUGAACAGCAGUGCAUGUGCCCAGUAUUUCAAAGUUGUGUAAUACAAUAAUAAAAUCAAUAGUUAAAUGA